AUGAUGGAUUCCGAUUCGAUUCCGGAGCUCUAUCAUAUUCUUUUGAAAAAUCGUCAUCUUUUUGUUCCUGCAUUCGUGUUAUUUGCAAUAGAAAUCGGAUUGUCAAGUUAUCAAAAUCAGUAUCAGCAACUUUUAACAAUUGAAUACUCCACACUUCUUCUAAUUCUCAUGAUAUUCUCUAUCCCUUUAUCAGUUAUCAAUCCACCAAUAUGGUUCACAUUAUACAUGACAACAUUCAUUCAUAUGCUUCAUUUCAAAGAACACUAUCUAUUCUCAAUAAUUGCAACAGUUAUAAUGUUUGUUUCGAUUUUCUACCACGAAAUGAGAUCAAUUUCGAAAAAGAAAACAGAUCUUCUUCUCAAUUCAACUACUGGCGUUUAA